AUGGAAAGGUCAACCUAUAACGAGCUUACACCCAAGGAAAAGCACAUCAUCGAGAUGAAGGGCACCGAGCGCCCCUUCUCCGGCGAAUACGACAACUUCUACGAAGAGGGCACCUACAUCUGUCGCCGCUGCAACGCCGAGCUCUACCGCUCCGCCGACAAGUUCGACGCCCACUGCGGCUGGCCCGCUUUCGAUGACGAGGUCCCCGGCGCCGUCCGCCGCCUACCCGACCCCGACGGCCGGCGCAUCGAGAUCGAGUGCGCCAACUGCGACGGCCACCUCGGCCACGUGUUCCUCGGCGAGCGCAUCACCCAAAAGAACACCCGCCACUGCGUCAACUCCCUCUCCAUGCGCUUCAUACCCGCCAGCAAAUAG